CCUGACUUUUUAACAAUGAACAUAUAGAUAUACUUAUGCUGGUAUUGCUAUUAGAGUAAAUAGUUGACAAUUUAAAUGAAUAUCACCUUUGCAACGUACGACAUUUUUAAAAAUCAUACAAAAUGUUGUGCUUAACAAUUUAAAUACUUAAUCUAACUAAUAACCGAUGCAAAACUUUGGGAAAUGCGAAAGAAAUCUACGAGCAGUUCGACUGAACAGCAUAAGUCUGGAAGGCAAAUUGCUUACCAGAGAGGUAACCAAACAGAGAGCUCGUCACCUCACUAUGUAUUCUUGUAUUCUGAGGAUGAUCAAAGUGAAGAUGAAGAGCAACUUUUGUCCUUGAAAGUCAGACAUCCACAGCUUAGGAAGGUUGAAGUAAUCAAUGUACAGAUACAAUCUGAUGACACAUUACAGGCAUUAGCUCUCAGAUAUAGGUGCUCAAUAUCUGAAUUGAAAAGAAUUAACAAUAUCCACAAGGAAAAUGAAAUCCAUGCACACAGGUCCAUUAAAGUACCAGUGAAGGCAUAUUCUCUUUUAACAGAAACUGUUGGACAGAAUAAUGAAAUUCUCAUGGACAAUGAUCAACCCACAGUUUUCAAGCAGCCUGGUCUAACUAUACUUGGGGACAAUCAAUCGACUAGUUUAAUUGGAUCUUCCUCAGCUGUUGAAAUCAAUAACAUUAUAUUGAACUCAUUAGUGGAGCCAUUGAAUCAGCUGGAGAACGAAUCUUCCCAAUGUUUACAAGAGGCAGAGGAAGAAACCGACCAGUUAAUCGCAACUGGUUUUAGUCCGAAAAAUAAUAAAAAUUUUGUAAAUACAUUUAAAUGUUCAGGAGCUGAUUGGGGACUGUCGUGGUUCCAGUUAGUCUGUUUCUCUCUUUUACUUGGUUUUGCUGGACCAAUAAUUUAUGUUUUAUACAUUGCUGAAUCUUCUAAGCAUCAUAACUCUUUUAGACUAUAAGGUAGUGAUCUAGAUCUGAAAAUGUGAUUACCAAUUUUUUAUAACUACAAAUCUUUUUCAUUAGUAUUAAAAAAAGUUUAAGUAGGCAGGGUUAACAAUAAUACAAAGGUAUCAGUCGCUAGAACAAUAAGAGAGUUAUUUAAAAUGUUAGAAUUCAUAUGUAUAUUUUAUAUAAGAAAAACAUAUAAUGUAGUUUUGUCUUUAACGAAUUGACAGUCUUUGUAAGUAUUAAAAUUACAAUUUUUGGAGCUCAAAUUUAAUACGUGCCUUAUGAAUUAUUAUAUUGAUAAAAGAUGGAUUUCCUGAAUUGUGUAUGGAUUGGUAAAGAUCUCAUAUACAAUUCAUAAUUCUGAUCAUUUGUGAAUGUUAGCAAAGUUAUAAUUUGUGUUGAAAUAUACGCAAAUUUGUUAGUAACUGAUUUUUAAUUUAAUUCUAAUUUUUCUGCUGUAGGAAUCAAUAUUCUACACAUUUUAUCAUAAGAGUUUAAAUAAUUAGUGACAUUAAAAUUUAAUUAUUUUUAAGAGUUAAAGGUGUAUUAUAUUUUAAUGUAUGUUCAUACGUACAUCGAAAAGUUCAUUUUGAUGAGAAUAAAUAAUUUACUAUUGACAAAAACUAUGAUCACUUUUAAAUACCCGAACUGACAUUCCGAUUUAUCAAUAUAAUAAGUUUACUUUAACCUACAAAAAGAACCAAAAACUUAUAAGAGUAAUUAAUAGUUAAAAUUAACAAUUACAUU